UUUCCCACAAUUUCAGUCUAAAUGGAAAACUCUCAAUGAAAAGCCAAUAUUUCGAAAAACUAAAUUUUAAAAUUCAUCUUUUUGGGAAAUCCAAAUUUUAGCCCAAGGUAUACUUACACUUUGCCAUGGAUGACUUUGAUUUCAGUAGUCCACCCCCGGAGGUACGAACAAUUCAUACCCACACGCUGAAUGAUGAGCAGCUCAAGGAUUGUGAGGCGGCCUUCGCCCUGUUCGACGACGAUAAUGCCAAGGUCAUUCCGAUCAAGUUAUUGAGAGAUUGCUUGCGAGCCGUGGCCCACAAUCCGCCAGAAAACGAGAUACAGGAUUAUAUCACCGAAAUUGAUACGGAUGGAUCCGGAGAGCUGUAUCUCAGCGAUUUCCUAUACAUCAUGUCGAAACGGUACGAGAAUAUGACCGUCGAAGAUGAGGUUAUCCUGGCUUUCAAAGUAUUCGACAAAGAUGGAUCUGGCUUUAUACACGAGAAUGAGUUCCGUCAGAUAAUGACUGAAUAUGGCGAUGAAAUGGAGGAGGACGAGAUCGAGGAAAUGAUACGUGAUGCCGACGCCAACACGGAACUGAAAAUCGACUACGUUCGCUUUGUGACCAUGAUGAUGGAGACAUAAAAGUUUCCAUAGUAUAGAACUAUAACCGAUUGCAGAUGUAAUGAAUACGUUUCAAAAGCAUGACCAUUGGAAUCGGAUGGCUUUUAUGUUUGUCUACUAUACCUUGGGCGAUCUUGAAAUAUCGGAUAACAAUUGCCAACUGUUCGGACUAUUCUUCAUAAAAUAAAAGCCAAUGUACAAUAGAUUAUAAUUACAACAAUAAAAAUGAUAACAAGAGUA